AAAUAUUAUUUAAUUUUUUUGUCAUCAAUAUUAUUAAUUUUUUUUUGGAAUUUUCUAAUUUAUUAUUACAAUUUAAUUAAUGUCAUGGAACUACUCUUCUCUGUGGGCACGUAGUCCAAAGAACAAUGAAACGCGCUCCGAUAAAGGAGGGAGAGAGAUGAGGAAGAUGGAGGAGAAUCAACACACAAACCCAAAAACAUAACCUUCCUCCUCCUCCUCCUUCUCUCCCUCCUGAACAUCCUGCCGUUUCUGACAUUUUCUUCUCUGUUUCUUCCCUGGAAACAGAGAGAAAAAAAAAUCAUCUUUUUUCCUCUGUUUUCCCCUGAAAGCAUAGAUCUUUGUGAAUACGUAGCUGCACCAAUCUUAAAGUUUCUCGUCGAGGUAAACGAAGAUUACAUUUUAUUCUUGAAAAAGAUACAAUCUUUCGUGUUUUUGAAAAUCACCACUUAAUCUCCUCUGUUUCGCUAUUAUGCUGAAACCUUCUCGCAAUUCAAUCGAAGAAUGAAACAAAGGUUCUUGAUUUCAUCGUCGUAUCUUAGCAUUUGAGGUUGUUACAACAAGACACCAUGGAUUCUGAGUUGAAGUUUUCUUCGAGAGACGUUGUGAAACGCUGUGAUUACUCCCUCGAGGCAUCAUCUUCUUCUUCAGAGCCUUUGACUAGAACGGUGAAAAGAAAGCUCAACGACUUCUUGCUACGCGGCUCUUCUUCUGACUCAUCCUCAAACGCAAAGUCACUAGUCGAAAACGAAUGCGCUGCUCUCCUCGAGGAUCUUUCUUCCCAAAGAAAGACAGUGAAAGAUCUCCACUUGGAGCUCGAAGAAGAGAGGAAAGCCGCUGCGUCAGCAGCCAACGAGACGAUGUCGAUGAUACUUAGGCUCCAGAGAGAAAAGGCUGAGAUUCAGAUGGAAGCUCGGCAGUUCAAAGCCUUUGCUGAAGAGAAGAUGACGCAUGACCAAGAAAAGCUUUUGGUUUUGGAGGAGCUGUUGUAUGAGAAAGAGCAGGCUAUUGAGGCUUUGACUUACGAGGUUGAAGCUUACAAGGAUAAGCUGUUGAGCUAUGGGUUAACAGAAGGAGAGAUUCAUGAUGAGAUACUUGGGUUUGGGAAAGACAGUGUUGAUGUUUACCCUUGUGAGUAUAGUGUGGAUGAUCAGUCUCCGAGAUGGCCUUACUAUGAUCCAAACUCGCCUUUGGGAACUGCGAAGGAGAUAAAGGGGACUGAGUUUUGUGCAGACUCUCCUAUGUCUAGUAGCGGUGACAGAGUUUAUACUAUUGACUCGAUUCAUGUGGGAGUUUCUGAAGUUAAGAUUGUGGACGAGCCUAGUAGGUUGAGUAAGGGGAAGUUGAAUGGUGAUCAUUGGGAUUCUCCGAGAAAGGAAGAACCGGUGAUGAUGAUGAUGGCUCAGCAAGGAGGUAACGAGCCGGGUAUUGAGAAGCUUUACACAAGGCUUCAAGCGCUUGAGGCUGAUAGGGAAUCACUUAGGCAGAUCAUUGUGUCUAUGCGGACGGACAAAGCUCAGUUGGUGUUGUUGAAGGAAUACGCACAGCGUUUAUCUAAGGAAACUGUCACGACAGAUAGGCGGAACAUGGUUAGGAAAAUGCCAUUUUUCAAAGGAGUCUCUGUAGUAACGGCCUUCAAGUGGAUGGUGUCUUUUGUUUCUUGUAGAAGGAAAGCCAAGCGAAACAAGUAUGUGUAUGAUAUGUCAGCAAAUAAUAUGGGGAUGCUUAUGAUUCUAGGGGAGGGAUCUCGAAGUAGGAGAUGGAGUUGUUUAACAAGUUCACAUGUCUAGAGAUAUCAUCCAUCAUUUUUUCUCUCUUGUGCAAUAGUUAGUGCAAAUUGAAUGUACAUUUCUCUUUAUUGCAAGACAUGUAUGACUGGUCCAGAUUCUGGCUGAAUAUAUCAAAUCAAAUUUCAUUCUU